AAGUAGUAGACUAGAAACUUACCUGUGUGAUAAAGGAGGAGCCUUUAAAAAAAAUGAAAACAGAAGCAUCAUUAUUUUGGAGACAAGGCAACUUUUGUAUUAUUAGAGAUAGAUGAGGGAGACAAAAUGAAUUAUUGGAGAGAGAUAGAAAGAGGCUCAAGAGGGAGCUUCCAGGAAGGAUACACAGCAAAUGACUGGCAUUCAAGUUAGCUUAGCCAUGAUGAUUGAAGAGGAGUAUACAUGGUCAACGUUUUUGGUAAGCAACUAGUAAUUAAUCACAAAUUGGAACCAUGUUUCUCAAAUGUUUUGGCUUCGGCGCUCAGAGACAGUAUCCAACGGUCAUAGAAGAGUUGUGCCAUCGAUUUUCUCUCGCAGAUCUAAGGAAAUCAACCAACAAUUUCGAUCAAGACACAGUAACUGGACAUGGAAGAUUUAGUAGAGUAUAUAAAGGUUGUCUCCAACACAAUGAAGAUGCUUCUGAGUAUACAGUCGCUGUAAAGCGAUUUGUUAGAGUGGGAGUGGUAGAAAAAUGGUUCAGGAAUGAAAUAGAGUUACUCUGUCAGCUUCGUCACCCUAAUUUGGUCUCUCUUAUAGGAUUCUGCAACGACCAAAAUGAGAUGAUUAUUGUGUACGAGUACAUGUCCAAUGGAUCUCUUCUUCAACUUCUACAAAGUGGGAUACUGUCAUGGAAGAAAAGACUAGAGAUAUGCAUAGGAGCAGCGCGUGGACUACACUACCUUCACGCUGGAGCCAAACGCACCAUCAUUCACCGUUAUAUCAAUUCAAGAAAUAUUCUUUUGGAUCACAACAUGCAGCCAAAACUCGCAGAGUUUGUCCUUAGUGUACAGGGAGCAAGAUUUAUGUCAAAGCCAAAACCAAUUCAAGUAGAUCAAAUUAUAGGUUCUGAGGGCUACAUGGCUAGGGAGUAUGCCACCCAUGGUACAGUCACAGACAAAUCUGAUGUUUUCUCAUUUGGUGGGCUUCUACUAGAUGUUGUGUGUGGAAGGAAAUAUAUCAGAGGAAACCAAGGAGAAACGGAAUUUCUGGAAAAACCUCUUGAGGAGAAAAUUGAUGAAAUUAUCGAAGGAAGUAUCGCACCAGAGUGUUGGCAAGUUUUUGUAGAUAUCACCCUCAGAUGUGUGAAGUUGGAGCCAGAUGAGCGACCAACAAUGGGUGAAGUAGAGGUGGAACUUGAGCAUGCUCUGUCCUUACAAGAACAAGCAGAUAUAGUAAACACCAACGCUGAUUAUACCUUAAUGUCCAAAACCGUUAUUCCCCGGGAUUCAUUUGGUUUUAUUUUGAAGUAAGUGCAACUGUCAUUUUCUUUUUCCCUAAUCUCUUAUUAAUUGAGAACAGGAGGAAUGUCGGAAAAUACUGAGAAGGAGGGUUUGUGAGAUUUCUCUAUUUUUUAUUUCUAAGAUUUGGUAACCUCCUUUUAAUUGGUCCUUUUGAUGAGCAUCUGUAUUUGCUCAUUAUUAUUUUAUAUCAGUUUUGCAUCUUAAUUUUCUGAGUUUUCUUCAAUUCUCAUGAGUCCACAGUGAAGCAAAAUGGAAUACAAAUAAGAAUUUGUAGUGACAAA